AAUUUGUCAACUAUUUUUCGUAUUUUCAUGAUCGCUAUUAGAAUUAUUCAAUUAUUUAUUUAAUACUAUUUAGUGAUAGUAUUCAUUAAAAAUAUGCUUGGGAUCUCAAUAGAAUUUAAUUAGCCGCAGCAAUAAAAGACAAUGGACGAAGCGAAGUCGUCCGAGUCCUCGGUGACGAAAGUUGAGGAUGGGGGCGAUGGCAGCUCGGCGCCCGGUCAGGCGAAACGCGACCUCGAGGAAGAGUUUAACAUGCAGAGAGCUAAAAUGAAAGAGUUAUUCUUGCAGAAAGAAGAGGGUCUACGUAAGUUGAUGCUAGAGAAACAACAGCUUGACUCCGAGGUGCUCGGGCUAAGGGCAGAGCUUCAGCAGCUACAGACGUUGAGCGAAAACCAAAAAUCAGAGAUACAGAGCUUGCAACUGCUUGUUAGUGAGACAGUGGAGGCGUCGUCAUCUGGCUCAGAGGAGCUGCGGCGCCUUCGAGCUCAUGCUCUCGACCUCGAGCAGCAGCUGGCGCAGCUGAGGCAGCAGCAGCAGGAUUUGUCACUGGCGCCGGCUACCUUCGUACGGUCACUGGCACGCAAGCUCGGCGCUGACACCGAAGACCCGCCCGACAGAGCCAACAAGAAGUGUGAAGACAAUGAGCUGCUCCACUCCAUCAUCCAGCCUCUGGAGAUGGAGAUUACAGCACUCAAGAACAAGCUGAGAGAGAACGACGCUCAGCUACAGGAAGCUUUGAAGGCGAAAGCUGCUAGCACUACAAAUGCGGCUACUAGUGGUGGUGAUGCGAAACCAGAAUCUGAGCGCGCCAAGUGCGACAUGUGCGCCAACUACGAGCGGCAGCUGGUGGCGGAGCAGGCGCGGGCCGACAGCGCGCGCGACCGCGCGAACACGCACCAGCACGCGCUGGCGCUCGCUACGGAGGAGCUGGAGGGCGUGCGGUCAGUCCACGACGAGACGAUCCGCAGCUGGCAAGCGGAGCGCGCGGAGAGCGGCGCGCGCCUGCAGGCGCUGGGGGAGGAGCUGGCCGCCGCGCGCGACGAGCUGGGGCGCCGCGCCGCCGCCGCGGGGGAGGCGGAGCGCCGCGCGCUGGGCGCCGUCACCGCGCUCACCGUGGAGCGGGAGACGCUGCAGGGCAAGCUGGACAGUUUAGAGAGAGACAACGCGAUGUUAAUAGGACAAUACACGAAAAAAGCAGUGGAGAUGCAAAACGAAAUUAUAAAUUUACCAGACAAUGUCACGGAGCUGCAAGAGCUGAGUCUCCAGCUGCGCGAACAGCUGAUCGUGUGCGAGCUGGGGCGCGAGCGAGCCCUCUCCGCGGAGGAGGAGCUGCGCGCGCAGCUGCUGCAGCACGCCGCGCUGCUGCACCGCCGCGAGGACGAGCUGGCGGCCAACGCCGCCGCGGCCCGCGCCGCCAGAGAGGAGCUCGACCGGUUGCAAACGGAACGUGAACAGAUGAAAGAACUGGCAGACAAGUUGCGACACUCCAAUGACAUGAUCGAACAACUGCUGGAAGAUAAGAAACGUCUUCAAACGGAAGUGAGCGAAGUGCGGUCGCGCGUGGCCGUAUUGCAGCAGGAGCUGGAUAACAGCGAGAAGGUUCAACAGGACUUCGUUCGCCUGUCGCAGUCGCUACAGGUACAGCUGCAGCGCAUCCGCGAGGAGGACACGGAGGUGCGCUGGCAGCACGACGAGGACGUGAACGAGUGCCCCGCCUGCCGCACCGCGCUCCCCACCAAUAAGAAGAAGAUCCACUGCCGGCACUGCGGACGCAUUUACUGCAGCGCUUGUGUAGCGCACAGCGUGCCCAGCGGGCCGCGCGGGCUGCCGGCGCGCGUGUGCUCCGUGUGCCGCACGCUGCUGCAGCCGCACGCCGCGCCCUACUUCAGCACGCGCCCGCCGCACUCGCCCGACUAGUGGCGCCACCUGCCGGCGCGUGCGCUCCGUGUGCCGCACGCUGCUGCAGCCGCACGCCGCGCCCUACUUCAGCACGCGCCCGCCGCACUCGCCCGACUAGUGGCGCCACCUGCCGGCGCGUGCGCUCCGUGUGCCGCACGCUGCUGCAGCCGCACGCCGCGCCCUACUUCAGCACGCGCCCGCCGCACUCGCCCGACUAGUGGCGCCACCUGCCGGCGCGUGCGCUCCGUGUGCCGCACGCUGCUGCAGCCGCACGCCGCGCCCUACUUCAGCACGCGCCCGCCGCACUCGCCCGACUAGUGGCGCCACCUGCCGGCGCGUGCGCUCCGUGUGCCGCACGCUGCUGCAGCCGCACGCCGCGCCCUACUUCAGCACGCGCCCGCCGCACUCGCCCGACUAGUGGCGCCACCUGCCGGCGCGUGCGCUCCGUGUGCCGCACGCUGCUGCAGCCGCACGCCGCGCCCUACUUCAGCACGCGCCCGCCGCACUCGCCCGACUAGUGGCGCCACCGCACCGGCGCAAGCUCGAAGCGACACGUGGCCAACGUUUUAAAUAACGCGCACCACAUGAAUAUGUGAUGAACAAAAAUAAUUGAGCUCAGCCCUAAUUUUGCGCCGGUGCGAAUGGAACUAAAUAACUAUUUUUUGCUUAAUUUGUCAUAUUUAAAUAGUUAUGCAAAUCUCAUCUAAACAAGAUACAGCAUCGUAUUAAUCGUCGAAUUGACAAGUCGAACUUUAUGCUAAUCAUUAGUCCUCCUUUAUUCACCGGGUAUUGAACUUAUAGAACCUAGUACAUAUUCUGACUACCUCCCACUCAUCGGCGCUACUUACUUAUCCAUUAACCUAUAAUUAGUAUUUGCAACACACGCCUCAAACACAUUUGACGAUUUGAUAAUAUUAAUGAAGAAAAAACAAACAGUUAGUUCACUCAAUUGCACUUUUCCUGAACGCUCCUUCGCAUUUCUGCAAACUUAGACAAUCAAUAUUUUUUUAUUGUGUCCAUCUCGAAAUCCAAAUGGAAUUUAUUGAACAAAAUGUAGUCUAAUAAGAUAAUAUAGAUACGCAAAUACCAUAUACUAAUCAUAACAAACUACAUUUUUGUAUUCUCUGGAUGUAAGCAUUCACACUACCCGAAAGUAUUGUAACAAAAAUUGAACAUUUAAAUUCUUAAAAAUACACAUAGCAUUAUGAAUUAGAAAGAUUAUUUAAUUGCUAGCUUAUCGAAUGCUACGUGAAAUAAUCAUCGCUGUGAUCCUUAUCAGUUGAAAUAAAAUGUAAGAUUCAUUUGAACUAAUGCUAUUUUUUAUAAUAUUUUCUCAUCAGAAUGGUUCUCAUUACAAGUUUAUAAUUAUGUGAUGUAGUCAAUUUAUUUAAUAUUUAAAUAAACAUCGUUCUCAACUGUGAAUAAAGUGCAGCGUUAUUUAAUAAUAUAGCUAAUGAUCAUUUCAUAAAACAGAUAGUCUGUGAGGGCCUGUUCCACCAAUUUCUGUUAACGUUUAUAUAACACAAACUACUGAUAUAAUUUAUCAAUAUGAGCUAUAGACCCUUUGGCCUUGUAUCUCGUUAAACUACAAAUAUAGUUUAAUUUACGAUUUACGAAUAUCUAAAUGAUAAAGUGUAGUUUAAUGGUGAAAACAAAAAUUAUAUAAACUUAUCUGUCGGAUAACAAAUAAUCUUAUCAGUAAACGGUAAAACAGGCUUUGAGAAUUGUAAAUAAAUGAUCACGUAGCGUCCUCUAGUGUAAAUAGUAUAAAGUAUGAAUGGUUUCGCUGUAACAGUUGUUGAACGCUGUAGCAUUUCAAUUGUUUAAGUUUUGUAUAUUAAGGAAUUGGCGCAAUAGACCCUCGGGUCAAGUGAUAAAUGAAAAGUGCUAAUGAAUAUACAAUUAUGGUACUCGAAGGUUCCAUAUUAUGCGGUGUGGAUUUCACGGUUUGUGUUUGUAGUCUAAAAAUUUAAAGAAUUCUAUCCAUCUCAUAUUGGUAUGAGUAAUACUUCUGUUUUAGAUAGAUGUCUUUCUGUAAGAUGUUCAAUGUUUUGCGAUUCUCUAAUCUACCUUGUGCAGACUAUUUUAUAAUGUAAUUUGUUUUUUUUUUAAAUUUGUAAAUGUAUAAAUAUUAUGAUAGAUAUUUUAAUAGUUAAUGUUUUAUUUCAAACAAAUUGUCUACCACUACUAACACAAACAUAACCCCUGAUAUGUAUAUUAACUUAUAUAUUGACUGUCUGUUAUAAACAUUUAAAUAUUAAAUUUAAUAAUAAAGUUAUUUAUGAAGCAAACUUAGGACUAAAAGUAUUAACAUGAGCUACAUUAAAUGGUGCAAAACAUUACCUUACUCAGUGCUGUCGUAGUUGAGUAAACAACCAAAUGUAACAUCAGUCCGCAUAAUGUGGUCUCACUGGAGCGUUAUGUUAAAUAAAUAUUAGUUUAUAUUGUAACAUAGUUAUUUUAUUGUAAAUAAAGAGGUCGAUAUUGA